AUGGGCUCACAUCGCUGGAGAUUGCCCGAUGUGCAGCCGCUGACGCGCGAUGGCUUUCUCGGUAUGUUACAUGGCCAUACUGCGGCGAUUCGAGUCCCCGAGUUCGUCAGCCGUCAUCAUGCGCAGCGCUUCGAAAAGUACCUGCAUCCGUUGCUACGUCCGUACUCGCAUAUAGCGGGCCCUAGCGUGGACAAAGUUGGUCUCGCACAGUUUGAGUUUCAGGCGCAGUCAGCCGAGGACUUUCAAGCCCGAGGUUCCGAUGCUCAAGAUCGAUACUUCACUCAAGUCGCGCAAUUGACGGAUUUACAUGCACGCAUUGCCAAAAAUACAGGCGACAAUCCAUGGGAGCGAAUUUUAACGAUGCUACAGGAGCUAGUACCGGAGCAUGAGGUGCGAGUGGCCCACGAGCCGGACGGACGCCGCUACCAUGCAGGUAUCUAUCGCAGUAUCAACAACUCGACUCCGAUCCACUGCGACUGGUCUCCCUACGACUCGCUCACUGAGGACUGGGUGAUCAAUCGGGUGACCCACCAGGCCGUCUUCAAUCUGUAUCUUGCUCCGAUAAUUGACGGCGAAACGAUUCUGUACGAUCGUAUCUGGGAGGAAGAGCUGCUCCAGUACCGGGACCCAAACACGUAUGGCUACUUCCGCGAGGCAGUAGAUGGCUGCGCCACUGUUACCUUGCGGCCGUCCGUCGGGGAUCUGUGUCUGUUCAAUACGCGCAAUCUGCAUGAGGUCAAGUCGACAGGAUCGGAAAUUCAUCCCGAUGGAGGGCUCUGGCAGCGACCACGAUUGACUCUGAGUGCAUUCCUGGGACUCCUUCCGGCGGGCGUAUUGAGCGCGCGCCCCACCAUUAUCCUGUGGUCGUAG